UAUGAAUGUAAUGCUGCCUACGUAGCAAGUUAAUUGAAGGAUUGAUUUGGAUUGAAGGCAACCGUCAGUUAAUUCUAGCGGUGUGGCAGGGUUAUUUUGUCCAUCAAUAUAAGAGUAUCAUAUUUUAAUAACAAAGUACAAGUCUUCAUGCAUUAAAAGUAUUGACAUAAUUCAAGGAUACUAACCAACACUCACAAUUAUAAUGUUUUUAGAUUUAGAUUAGAAGAUAAAACAUAAACAUCCAUAUUUGUAAAAUUUGGCUAUGUUUUAGUUCUAUUUAAAAGGCAGUAACAACUAUAUGAAAAGAACAUUAGAAAAAUGAAAUAUAUAUGUUGCUCUCCUUUGCCAUUUAUUUUUGGUAGGACCAAAAAUGACAUCAAAAUUUUUAAUGAAGCUGGGAUUAAACACGAGGGUUUUUAGUAAGGUGACAACUCCGGUACCUUUCUAAAAUAUGGGGUACCGUACCUACCAUUCAUUUGAUUGGACCACAUUACUUUAUCAUUUUUAAUUUAGAUUUAAAUAAUUCAACUGCUACAUUCUUAUUGGUCCAUGUGGACAAAGCUAUGGUACCUUAUGGGUACCAUAGAAUCUACCUUUUAGUAAAUCAAAUUGAGUAAGGGAAAAAUACGUAUAUAUGACUAAAACAUAAACCUAUUCCCAAGCUAUGACUAAAAAAACUGAAACAUGUUGAAUAUGACCAAUACAUACCGGAUGGCAUGAUGCGGAUCAUUAAAGCCAUACUAAAAUUCCUUAAAUGCCCUUCAAGGAGUUUCGGUUAAGCCAAAAGACAGAUACUAUAUACUGCCGAUGGAAACUGGCGUUUUUUUUGGGAACCGCCUUUAAUGCAGUAAUUUCCGGCGAAAUUAUAGACAUCUUCUAAAAAUGAGAAAGAGACGUGCGCCGGAAAGGAACGAUAUAAGAAACAAAAAGACGGAAAUUGAAGCAGGGAACGUCGCCGCGGAAGAAACUAUGGCAGCGAACAACGACCAAUGGUCGGACUCUGAUUGUAUGACCAAUCCAGUUGGCGAGAUGAGCAAUACUAAGGGGAAGGUGAAGGCAGUGAAUAGGAUGGCGGAAAAAGAAGGCGGCGAGAAGGGGAAGGCAGUGAGCGAACCGAGCACUGUGGAUCCUGAUUUCACAACAAAUCCUAGGCUUCCAGCAACUGUAAUCACAAUUGACGGUGUGGGAACCAUUGGAUCCUUCUUGUGCUAGACAUAACUGAAAAAUGCAUUAGAGUGUAUGACUCAAGCAUUCGCCGUGGUGAAUCUAACAUUCAUCUCCACCUCUAUCUACCCACCUUGCAACUGUUUUUACCUAGGCUUAUGGAUAAGCUCGGAGUGUAUAAUGAGCGUGUGGAGGGUCCUAUAGGGGAAGAGUUAUUGCAGGUACAAAUGGUAAAAGAAUGUCCACAACAAAAAGACAGUGAGAGUUGUGGAAUGUUUGUUAUCAAAAUUGCUGAAUAUUUGAUGAUGGGUAAGGGCAUUGAAGAAGUGAGGGCAGAAGACAUGAAUGGAUAUCGAGAGAAGAUGACCACGGAGCUGCUGCUUCAUUUUGGAUUGUUAGAUUAGAUGUGGUAGUAGUAGGUUGGCAGUAGUAUUUGGGCAUUAGUGUUCAUUUUGGCAAUGUUUUUUUAUUCACAAGUUGUGUUAGAAACUUAGUAUCUGGGCAGUAUUUUCUUUUAUUGAAAUACAGUCAUGAAUAAAGUAGGGCAGUAAUGUUUUUGGUUUUUUGUUAAUCAGGACUUCGUUGAUGAAACUUAUUAUGUGGAAGUAGUUUUUGC